CCCCAGCCACCUCAACAAACAAAACCAUAGAGACUACUAGGCAGCCAUGAAAUCCAGCCUUGUUCUUUGCCUUCUCCUCUGCCUCCUACUGGCUAGUUUCAGGGUGAACGAUGCUAUAAGGAAAGAGUCGGCGGAAGAAUACUGGAAGAAAGUGAUGAAGGACGAGCCUCUUCCCAAACCCAUCCAAGAGCUGCUCGCCGCCGGCAACGACGACCACGCCGCCGCCGCCGCCGAGAAGAAGGUGACAAUAAACCGGUUCAUGAGGAACUUCGACACCCAGACCACCGCCAUCAUUUAUCACGCCACACAAUCACAUGGCGGUUAGACCGGCCGGACCACCGGCCAGCCAGCUACCCAGCUGCUUAGUUGAUUAAAAUAAAUAUUCUGGAGCUGGUCAGAUCGUCGUGUUUUUGUACUGCAUGUUGUUCUUUUUUUCUUUUUCUGUAGGAUAUUUAUUAUAAUCGGAUAUAUGUGUGCAUUUAGAAGCAAAGAAAACCCCUUGUAUUGAAUGUGAGAAAAUAGACAAAUAGUGGUGGAAAGA